AAAAUACCUAUGUCAUUGUCAAAUAGCUGAUAAUACGAAAGAAAAACGAAUUGAAAAAUGGCGUUGCCCACCCUCCAACCCCAUAUGCUCUUGGGUUUGGAGAAAAAAGUUAAAGGCAACAUCCAUUUUCUCUCCGACGAUGAAGUGGUUUAUCCGGUGGGAUCGCUCGUGGCCGUCCACAACAUUCCCAACAAGAAACAAAGUUACAUUAAACUAGCCGACAGAGGGAAAAAUUUGGUUCAAAUAAACGUUAGUCCCAACAGGAAAGUUAUAGCCAUAUCCGAGAGAUCAGAACGAGGACCCAUGAUUACACUCUGGGACACCGCCCUCUUCAGGAAAAGAAAAACCAUAAUCAUACCAGCGGAUAGGCAAUGCAAAGCGAGCGAAUUCGCCCACUUCGAGUUCUCCUACGACUCCAAAUACAUCGUCGCCGUCACGGGAGAGCCAGAUUGGACUAUGUACAACAUCAGAUGCGAAAAGGGCAGAAUAGAAAGCUUCGCCCGAGCCAAUAACCUCAACGGCACAGGCACAAUCGAACAGGUCGCUUGCAAUCCGAACGACACCAAUCAAGUGGCGUUGUGCGGGAAUCAAGUACUACGAUGCGUGGGCUGCGUGGACUUCAUUUGGAGGCAGUUCGGUUACAACAAACUGGAUCCGGCUCACUACACGUCCAUCUGCUGGCUGACCCAGGAUCGGCUCAUAGUCGGAAGCAACAGAGGCAAGAUCAUGGUGCUGGAAACCGGCGAAGUCAGAGGCGUUUACCAUGCCUCCGAUUUGGCUUACAUCAAUAUGAAGGUGAAUCUCGACGAGGAAAGCGGUAUAACCGUUAGUCCAUCGUUUUACGAUACAUUCGGUAUGGAUUUGCCCCCGUCGAAUGAAAACUUCGAAAUUAGGAGCAUCACGCUUUUUCCUGGUGGUUUUUUAUUCGGUUAUACCAAUGGGAAAGUAUGCGUUUACGAAACCAAAUCGUCAGUAAGGUACAAACGACGCGGUUUUCUCUUAAUACCAGAUCGGUCCAUCGAUAGAGAAAAUGAAGGUGAAAACGAAAUAUUAACCAAGGUCAAUUUUAUCACGGUCAAUCCAUCUGGAGACAGAUUGGUGGUAAGUUGCAACGAAAUGCAAUUGUGGACAGAAAAAAUUCUGGUCAUAGACGAAUUAUCGGGUAGCUCGGUUUUCAUGAAACCCUUCGGAUACGAGCAACACAUUGGUCCUAUAGCGGAUAUCGCCGUGUGCCGAUGGAAGCCCAUAGCACUCACCAUAGGCGUAUCGGAUAGAACCAUAAAAAUCUGGAACUACGAAACGAUAACCAUGGAGUUGAUGAAGAUCUUCGAAGACGACAUCUACUCGGUCGAUCUCCACCCGACUGGGCUCUACGCCAUAAUGGGGUUCUCCGAUAAACUCCGCUUCAUGACCAUCAUGAUCGACGAUAUCAUUGUAACCAAGGAGUUUAACGUUAGAGCGUGCUCGAAAUGCCGGUUCAGUAGAUUGGGCCAUCUAUUCGCUGCUGCAAACGGAAGCAUCAUUCAGGUGUUCUCAUCUGUUACAUUCGAAAUGUUGUACAUCCUCAAGGCGCAUAACAGACGCAUAAGCGGAUUGGAUUGGUGCGCUAACGAUAACGUGCUAGCAAGCGCUGGAGUAGAAGGAGCUUUGUACCUUUGGGACGUGGUGAAAAGCCAAAGGAUAAGCGAGACUGUGGUGAAAACCAAUCCAGCGACUGAUAUAAGAAUUUUCAACGACGGUACAGGAUUUUUUGCUGUUGGAAUCGAUGGACAUAUUAGGGAGGUUUCCAACGCUGUUAUUUUGAAGAACGUUCCAAUGCCAGUCACCACUCCAAUUGAUCUGCUCAUUUUAUCAGCUUUAAAUAACAUUAUGUUCCUCACAGGUAACAAUGGUACAAUCUUCAUUCUCCCACUACCCUUAAUGGAUAAACCAGAGUUCACCGAAGUGACCCUCCAUAAAGCUUCAGUUAUUGCCGGUGUUCUAUCAUUCGAUGAUAAAUACUUCAUAAGCGGCUCUGAAGCGGGUUGCGUGUUCUUCUGGAAGCUGAUAAACGCCGAGGAGAGGGCCAUCCAAAAAUUCGAGUUUAUAUCCUGCAACGAAAUUCUAAUAUCGAAGCAAAUCCUCGAGGACAAAAUGGAGGAGACGAAGAACCUCACGCUUAGACUGAACGAAUUGGAGAACGAGCAUAAUUAUCAAAUGAAACAGAACGAAUCAUUGGCCGCCUCGAAAUUGCGGGACAUCCACGAGAACUAUUGCGCCGCCAUCGAAGAUUUGAAGCUGAGAAACGACCAAAUGGAGGCCGAUCACAUAUUGGAAAUCAACAACAUCAACAAUUUCAUCAUGAAAUUGAAAGCCGAUCAUGCGGAUCUGAUCGAAAACAUGGAGGUAACUUACAACGGUAAGUUGUUGAACGAAUUCGAAAAGUUCAAAACGUACGAGUUGAAAAUGGAGCAAAGGAUCAAAGAAGCGUACAUGAAUUACGAAGCUCUGACUAAAGAAAAAGAGGAGAAUGAAGCCGCCAUCAUUGAGGAAUAUACGAUGAAAUUAAACGAAAAAAUCGGCGAAUACAACAAAUUACUGGACGACUUCCAAAAUCAAGCCAUAGAAAACGAGAAGAUGAAAGCAGACAUCGAAGAAGACGCCGAUAAAGAAAUACUCGAAAUAAAGGAACAACAACAAAAUAAACUCAAGGAAGAACGCGAGCUCAACAUGCGCCUGCGCAGCGAUAUCUCCAACAUGAAGAAGCAAUAUAUAGUGGCUCAAAAAGAGGUCGACGACUUUAAGCAGAAAUUAUUCGCCAUGGAAGCGGAGCAGGAGAAAUACAAAGGGUUCGUCAUCAGCUUGGAGCAGGACAAAAACGACAUGAAGAAGGAGAUACAAGAAAGGGAUCAGACCAUAGAAGAAAAAGAAAAGAGAAUCUACAUGUUGAAGAACAAAAACCAAGAACUGGAGAAGUUUAAGUUCAUUUUGGAUUUCAAGAUAAAAGAACUCAAAUCCGAGAUAGAGCCCAAAGAGAGGAUAAUAACAGAACAAACGACGCAAAUUAAUAAAAUGGUACGAGAAUUAGAGAAUCUCCAGAAGAUGAUUUUAGGUAUGGAUUUACAAUUGGAGCAAUACAGGGAAAAACUCAACGCUUCCAACAACGAAAUCAAAAAAGAAAUGGACAAGAACAGAUUUAUGAAGAAAUCCUUGCAGGACAUCCGGAUCGACAUUCACCAAGCCAGCGGUUGGAUACAAAAUAUUCCUUUACUGCAAAAAGCAGUAAGAAAUAUGUAUUGCAAAUACAACACCGACAAAGACUUCGAAGUUGCCCAGCAGGAGGAUACCGAGGCUAAGAGCGAAUUCCUGCGGCAAAGAGACUUCCUGGAGCGCGCCGUGGCAACUCUACACCACCAGGCAUCGAAGAAUACGAACACGCUGAGCUUCGACAAGGUGAGGCUGGUGGACGAGAACGCGGCGCUGCUGGAGGAGACGAACCAGCUGAGGAGAAGCCUGCAGUCGGAGGUGGAGCAGAACAGGAAGCUGGCCUCGCUGGCGGGCAUGUCGCGCAUGACGCCCCAGCAGGCGCAGCAGAGGGUGAAUUUCGCCACGGCCACCAACCAGGAGAUACACAAGAAGUACAAGGACGCGCUGGAGCAAAACGCCAAGACGCUUACGGCCAUGAAGGAAGAGAAUUUCAGAUUGUUGUCCAAAAUAUCGGAGAAGGGAGAGAUGAGGGAGAAGGGCACUCAGAGCUAAUUUUUUUUAUUGUAUUUAGAGGUUUUUAUAUAUUUUGUACUUGGAAAUAAUGAGUAAAAAAUUCGAAUGAG